AGCGCUGCUAAUGGCUAUUGCUCCCUCCGCUCCCCCAAAAAAUCUAGAGCCAGUGUCCCCAUGGCUCCCUCCGCUCCUCGAAAAAUCUAGAGCUAGCGCACCAGAGCUUUCCUCUUUCCUUUCCCUUGGCUGGGAUCCAUGGAGGCGGAGGGGAUCCUGUAGUCCUCAUCUUGAUCCUGCACUAAUGGAUCCAAGUCUUGUAGGAUGGGAUCUUCUCGGCAACGACCGCAGUGAUAAUCGGCCCUUGCCGGCGCUCACAUGGCCGGCCGCUCGCACCUCGGGCAGCCGCGGCCGUGUCGCUGCUCGGUUCGGUCGGCCGCGCCUCGGGCCCCCGCGGCCGCGGCGUUGCUCGAAUCGACCGGCGGCGCCUCGGACCUCUUCAAGAAGACGCUCGGACCCGUCAAGAAGGCCAUCGCGGACGCCAAGCUCAAGAAGACCGACAUCGACUGAGAUCGGGCUCAGCGGCGGCAGCACCAAGAUCCCCAAGGUGCCGGAGCUUCUCACGGAGUUAUUCGACGGCAAGGAGCUCAACAAGCGGAUCAACGCAGACGAGGCCGUCGCGUACGGCGCCGCCGUCCAGGGUAGCAUCAUCAGCGGCGAAGGCGGCGCCGACCAACAGGGCCAGGACGACCAGCAGCGGCUCCUGGCGCGCCCCACCGCCGUCUUGGACUCGGCUGUAUGCGCCUGGACGCGGUGGCGCAGCGUGCCGGGGCCAGCGCCGGUGGCCUCUGCAGGUGGGCUCUACGGCUCGUGCUCUACCGCGAUGCAACCACGGGGGAGCCCACCGUCGUCAACAUGUAUUGUUCAUCUUCCAUUGGUGAUGUUGAGCAUUUUUCUUCAAUCUUUGUUGAUGUAUACGAAGACCAGGUGUUUCUUUGCAAAGACUAGUGCAUUUCUGUUUCGAAAAAAAAAACUACGCACAAAAAUAUGUGCACGUCAAUAUAAACAUCCUCAUGUGCUCGUAUAUACUAAAUAUAAUUCUUGUGAUUUGCAAAAAAAAAAGUGCAUCAGUUAUGAUUGGGUCAUCAAUUUGUUUCCAUACUAAAUAUAUAAUACUAUUUCUUA